AUGCUGUCAUCCACCCCGGCAAUCCCACUGAGCGCGAUCGAGUUUGCCCACGAGUCCAACGGCCGUCGGCUGUCGCUCACCACGGCACAGGGCCGCCAGUUCUUCACCCACCGUGACGGCCUGCCCAGCCCCGACACGCUCACCCCGAUCGGAGGCACCCCCACAACCAGCGGAGCGGCUACUCCGGCUGAAUCGUCCGACUCGGCGCCGGGCUCGAGGUCUGCGUCAGGCCAGAACCUCAACGAGCACUAUGACGACGGAAACAGCCUCUUCAAGGCCAACUCUCGCGGUGGCCUCUGGCACGACCAGGUGUUGGCGCUCCGAGUUGAGGCUGUGGAUGUGGCCUCAAUGGUUGUGGAUGGUUGA